AUGCAUGUUACUAGACUAGCAAUACUUGUUGCUAAAGAGGCCAAGACCCUCAAAGAAAAGCCGAAGUAUGCGUUCUCGAUCUAUCGCAGUUUGAAGGAGGUGUUGGCGAAAUAUGACAUCAGUGACAAUGGUAUAGGCACUAUUCGUCAGUUUUCACCCGCAACCUACAAACUCGAAGACGAUGAUGAAGAACUGAUGCAAUGUAUAAAGAAAAUAAAGCGUAGGCUGGGAAAUAUGGGGACCAUGCUUGCCAAUAGCAAUGAAACCAUGCGUUGCGAGUAUAUUUCGACCAUUCUUCAUGCUUUGCUCUAUAUCGUUAAAAGAAUAACGAAAAAAGAGCUUACCUUGACACCUCAGCUCAAAGUUGUCGACGAAGAAAGUAUUGGUCAAGUUGAUUACACAAUCAAGGCCCUCAAGGAACUUAUCUGCAUCAUGAAAGAGAAGUUAUAUCAA